UAAAGAGUGAGAGGGAGAGAGGGAGGGGUUGUCUAAGUGUAUCGUAAUGUGUGACUUUAUUUUUCAGAACUGAACAUUCAAACCUGGAAUAAUCUUCAUAUAGCCAAUUUGAUUAUUUCUCUCGUUAACGUUUAUUUUUUAUUUUUUUAUUCUUGGAUGUUGUUACUGAAGAGGUGAUGGAACACUCUAGCUACAUCUUUUUGUGAGCAGAGGACCAGGUCGAUGAAGUUGUUUUUCACACGCACUUAGUUUUUGUGUCAUGUUUAGACAGUUGUUGGGUGUUUAUGAAGAGGUUACGAAAAAAUGCUUAACAGCACAUCUUUCUUCUGUCUGUGUCUUGUGCUAUCGACUGGUGUGUUUGGUGAUACAGAUGAAGUGAAGUCAGUGUCAGUGACUGAAGGAGAUUCUGUCUCUCUAAACACUGAUGUUAGAGUACAGAGAGACGAUAUGGUACUGUGGAUGUUUGGACCUAAAGAGAGUCGAAUAGCUGAUAUCCACAGACAUAAUAUUUAUAUAGAUGCCACUUAUACAAUAUUUGAGAAAAGACUCCAGAUGGACAAUCAAACUGGAUCUCUGACCAUCAGAAACAUCAGAUCUGAACACACUGGACUUUAUAAACUACUGAUCCUCAGGAACAGAGGAAACUCAUACAAGAGAUUCAGUGUUUCUGUCUAUGCUCCUCUUCCCAUUCCUAUCAUCAGCAGUAACUCUUCAAACUGUUCUUCAUCAUCAUCUUCAGUGUCUAAUUGUUCACUGUUGUGUUCAGCUGUGAAUGUGAGUGCUGUGACUCUCUCCUGGUACAAAGGAAACAGUUUAUUGUCCAGCAUCAGUGUGUCUGAUCUCAGCAUCAGUCUCUCUCUACCUCUGGAGGUGGAAUAUCAGGAGAACAACACCUACAGCUGUGUGAUCAACAAUCCCAUCACAAACCAGACCACACAUCUGGACAUCACUCAACUCUGUCACACAUGUCCAGGUAUCACAUGAUCUCUUUUCCUCUAAUUGUGUUAAAUGAAUACAAAUAGUCUAUGUGCUGUCUAUAGUCU